UGGCCGUUUGUUUCCUGUUCUUUUAAACCCAAACCUCACUCGCAUUUAAUCGAAGCCCCCUCUCUUUCUUCUUCCUCUUCCACUUUUCUCUUUGAUUCUCCACUUUCCGCCGCCCUCCAUCAAUCAUGGGCUGCUUUCUUGCUUGUUUUGGCGAUUGCAAGCGCCGAAAACAACCCAGAAAGUCCUCCGUUGAGAUUCCUUCUUCAAAUCAUGUUUUUAAAGCUUCUGAUGGUGUUUGUGCGUUGGAGAAAACGAAGGAAGUGGCUGAAGUGCCGCCGAUUGACCUAAUUAAGGAUUCUCUAGAGAAGCUUGAAGAACAGAUAGAGUUGUGUCAUGCAACUGAAAAAGCUUCUGAACCAAUUAUUGAGGAUAAUAAAGUGGUUCCCUCUAAGGAAAAUGAAAGCAAAUUGGAUGAGAUUAAAGACGAGAAGAAGAGUGGAAAAGAAGAAGAUGAAUCUUGGGGAAGCUCGAAUUUAUCACAAGCGUUUACUUUAUCUCUGAAUCAUAGGUAUGAAAAUUGCUCAAACAGUGAUGAUAAUGAUGAAUAUGCAGAAGAAAUGGAUCAUUUAGAUGAAAAAGAAGAAGAAAAAAGAAAAGAUGAUACCAAUGCUGAUGAUGGGCAUGGAGAAAGUAUGUUAUUGAUGGAGCAGGAAUCUUCGGAGUCUCUCUUUUCUUUGUCAUUUGGUUCAAGGAAACAGGUUUGUGGAGUUGAAGAUGCAGAAAAUGAGGUUAGUAGUCUUGAUCUAAGCCAUCAACAGGAAAACGCUUCAUCGGAGAAGAAAACGGGAUGUUGGAACAAGAAUGUUGUUGGUUCUGUUCUUAAGCCUAUAGAGAAUGAUACUCGUUGUUUGAGCCAUCAACCCAAUAACGCUUCGUCGGAGAAGAAAACGGGAUGUUGGAACGAGAAUGUUGUUGGUUCUGUUCUUAAUCCAAUUGAAAAUGAUACUCGUUGUUUGAGCCAUCAACCCGACAACGCUUCAUCGAAGAAGAAUACGGGUCGUCGGAACGAGAAUGUUGUCGGUUCUGUUCUUAACCCAAUUGAGAAUGUUACUCAUUGUUUGAGCCAUACACCAGCCAACGCUUCAUCGGAGAAGAAUAUGGGACGUUGGAACGAGAAUGUUGUUGGUUCUGUUCUUAACCCAAUUGAGAAUGUUACUCAUUGUUUGAGCCAUCAACCCGAAAACGCUUCACCAAACAAGAAAACUGAUGUCGAGAAUGUUACUCGUUGUUUGAGUCAGCAACCCGAAAACGCUUCAUCGGACAAGAAAACUGAUGUCGGUUCUGUUCUUAACCCAAUUGAGAAUGUUACUACUCAUUGUUUGAGUGCUGCAAAAGUGAAAGCACUGCCAUCAGAUCAUCAUUUAGAAAAGGAGAAUAUCAGUUUAGAUAAAGGCUGUGAUGUGCUGCUCAUCAGUCCAGAGCCUACUUUUCGGGCAAUGCGGAAGUUGAAAGAAAAUUGUAGCGAUAAGCACGUCGAGGACGAGAUUGCGGUCGACACCAGCCUUUCGAACUGGUUGGUUGAAUCUGAAACCACACCAAAAUCCAAUAGUACUAGCUCCUCCAUUGGAAACUCACCUAUGUGGACAAGAAAUUCAGCUAAAAGUAAUGAAGAUAGGCCAAUUUUAGGAGCAUUGACAUUAGAAGAAAUUAGACAGUUCUCUGCAUUCUCAACUCCGAGGCGAUCGAGGAGUCGGAGUCCCGAGGAAACGCCCAUCAUAGGCACUGUUGGGAGUUACUGGAGUCCUACAAAACAGGAUGUCGAGCUUAGACAGUUCUCGGCAUUCUCAACUCCAAGGCGAUUGAGGAGUCGGAGUCCUGAGGAGACGCCUAUCAUAGGCACCGUUGGGAGUUACUGGAGUCAUACAGGACAAGAUGCAGAUUCCAAUCCGGGCUCUUUGUGCAAGGGACCGAGGAAAAGCAGAGAGGACGAGAGAGUCAAUUGGAAUUCUACUCCAUUUUUGGAAAGAUUGGACAUGGCUUUGGCAUCAAAUUCUGCUGAGGUUUAGUAUGUUUUCUUAUUAGAACAUUGUGUAUGUAUGGCCUUGAUUUAUAAAUUGUCUCAUCUCAUAUUUUGAUUUUGUAGAGAAAGUGAGAGGCAGUUUUUGGAUGCAAAAA